UCACUAGUAAACAGGCCGUGUUGGUGAGAGUUCAACACUGUUGUUCUUUCUGUGGCAUUUCCUCUGCGUUCAGCCAUGGGGAAGUCGUUUGCUAAUUUUAUGUGCAAGAAGGAUUUUCACCCAGCGUCAAAAUCCAACAUAAAGAAGGUAUGGAUGGCAGAACAGAAAAUAACCUUCGAGAAGAAGAAGCAGGAGGAGCUGAUGCAGACUUAUGUGAAGGAGCAGGAGACCUACAACAACAGACUGCUGAUGGGUGAUGACAGGGUGAAAAACGGCCUGAAUUUUAUGUAUGAAGCUCCUCCUGGUGUAUCAAAAGAGGAAACCAAAGAGGAAGGAGAAUCUGAAUACAAGUUUGAGUGGCAGAAGGUUGCUCCUCGUGAAAAGUACGCUAAAGAUGAUAUGAACAUCAGAGAUCAGCCUUUUGGGAUCCAGGUGCGGAAUGUACGGUGUAUCAAAUGUCAUAAGUGGGGUCAUGUGAACACGGACAGGGAGUGUCCUCUCUUUGGUCUGUCUGGAAUCAAUGCCAGCUCUGUAGCCAAUGAUGAAGCAGGCCCGUCGAUGCACCCCUCCGAGUUAAUGGCAGAGAUGCGGAACAGUGGGUUUGCGCUGAAGAAAUGUGUCCUUGGGAGGAACGCCACUGUUUGUGAUCCAGCACAGGGAUUUGUGGCAAGUGAGGAAGAUGAUCCUGAAGUAGAGUUCCUUAAAUCUUUAACCAUGAAGCAAAAACAGAAGCUCCUCAGAAAACUUGACCGGCUAGAAAAGAAAAAGGACAAGAAGAAGAGUAAAAAGGAGAAAAAGAAGAAACGCAAACAGAAGAAAAAGACGACUGCGGGUUCCUCUAGCAGCACCUCAGACAGUAGUAGCAGCUCUGAGUCUGAAUCUGAAAGGCCCAAAGCUAGAAAAGUGAAGAAGGGCGGAAAGAAUAGGAGGAGGGACUCAUCCAGUGAGAGCAGUUCUGAUGGUAAGAAUGAAGGAAGGUCGAGAGGAACAAACAAGGAGCCUUGCAAUAGAAAUCGUGGUCAGGGUCCUGAUUCUAAGCACAGCCGAGACAAACAUGCACGUGCACAGUCAGAUGAGCAGGACAGGCUACAGGAAAGAAGUUGGAUGCAUAGAAAAGAAAGUCUGCCAAAUGAGAGCAAAGAGACGGAAUGGAGGAAUAAGGACAAAGAGAGAAGAGGGUGUGAAAGAGAGAAGGGUGAAGAUCGAACCAGCAGAGAUAGUGAGAGAAAUAGGAGUUUGAGUAGAGAGAGAGUAAGGAAAAGGAGGGAGAACAGUUGGGAGAAGGAAAGGAGUGUGAAACAAAGAAGUGUGAGUAAUGAUCGAGGUAAAAAUGAAAGGAGUCGGAGCCGGGAUAGACGACAAGAAAAUGAGGCGAGGAUGAAAGACCGGCGUGAUGGCUUUGAACGAAGUAGAGCUGGAAAAGAAAGAAGUAGGAGUAGGGAAAGAGUAAGGAGCAGGAGUCGGGAAAGAAUAAGAGUGAGGACUGGGAGUAGGGAACAAGGCAGGAGCAGGGAAACUGUGAGGGAAAGAAAGGAACAGUCCAAGUCGGGACGAUAAGAAGCAGUGAGGGAGAAGCAGAGACAUGGAAAUAACCUUUUCCUAUUGGUGUAAUUUACGAUUUGUUUUAAUGUGAAACUGUAUUGGACAUACAAUGACCUGUAAAGUUUUUACUGCUUUAAAUGUUAAGUUUUGUGCCUAUCUUUUAGUUUUCAGAGUUUGUAUUUGUGCAGUAAAAGUAGCUUGUAUGUGUGAUUUGAACCUUUUUCUUUCUUUUCAUGGCUAAAACUUUUUUAACCAGAAGAGGGCGCCAAAAUACUUUCGGACAAAUGACAAGAACUCUAAAAUUCUCAUACAUUCGUUCUUCUAACGCAUUUUGGCUUUUUCAAAAUGUUACUUUUCUGAUUUGAGAAUGAGACAAUAUCGUGUCUAAAUACCGAGUUAGAUAUGUUUUUGCAGUAACAUAAGGUGUAUUUGCCUUCAGGCUAAACAGUUCUUUAACAAGGAAGCAUGGGAAAUUCCUCCACCCGUCCUUCAUUGACAUUUAUGCUUUGAAGUUCAGUGAUUUUUAACCCCAGAAGUUUCAUAGAGAGCUGCUUUCCUUAUAUUGUAGCUCUUUCAGCAUAUUGGAUAUUAUCCAUUAGUUAUUGUGGUCUUUGAAAUGUAUUUCUAGCAACAUUGCAUAAAUGAUUGUAAUGAUCACAUGUAUCCUAGUCCGUACUUGCACUGACCUGUAGAUAUGUGUUAAAUUUGUUUCUAUUUUUAAUGUUCAUUAACCAAUCAUAAACUGAAAUAUAUACGUGAGCUUAUAUAUUUUCCUUUGAGAAGUUUCAACAGGUUGCCUAAUUUCCAACUCACACAGCACUUUGAGCAACGGCAUUAAAUAUUCCUUUCGGGUUUUAUUUUAAAAUACACAAUUAGAACAACACUGACAUCUUUUAAUGUUUAGUACGCUUCUUUGCAAAAGUGUUGAAAUAAGCUUCUUGUAUUUUGGACUUUCUCCUGACCUUCAUGUUGCAGGGUUUCUAGAAAUGCGCUCCACUUUCUUCUGGGCCGGGGAGUAAAUAUAAAGCGCUGAGAAGGCUGAGAGCUUCUUAAUACAAUGAUGUACACUUUGUCACAGAAAUACCCUCCAUGGCAUUUUCUCAUAUCAUUUUUGCCUUUGUCUUUCAUAGUUGUUCUGUACAGUUGGCCAAUAUUCAUGGUGAUUGUUCUACUUUCAUCAGAAAACCCACACUAGAGCUACUUGAGGUAGCAUCAAAGCACUCAAGUGCAAAUGGUUUUUUUGUUUUUUCUUCCUGAAAGCAAUAAAAUAGCUUCCUGUUCAAAUCA